CCAAACAUCAGCGCCGCCAGGACCGUGCGCUCUCCGGCGCUAGGCAGGCGCUUGGGGCGGGCCCUGCGGGCGGGCUGGCGCGGUCGAUCGUCGCGCGCAGCUUUCUCCAGGCCGAUUCCGAGCAGCCGCGGCCCGCGCCGCCUGGGCUCGGCCCCAUGGCGCGUGGGAGCCGCUCGCUGUGCCUUUAACGGCGGGGGCUGCGCGGCGGGACGUGGCGGUGCGGGGCCUCCGCCGCGAGCAGAUGGGGCGUUGGGGCGCGGGGUGCCGGCGCGCCGGGAGGGCCCCGCGGACGAGCAGCUGACGCGGCCGGCCGCAGCUUGGCCCGGAGCGGGCAGCGCCGAGAUGGCGAAAGCUCUGCGCCCAGUGCAGCUAGCUAUGGGAGCAGACCAGGUUGUUCAUGACUUUAUCCAACUGGGCCUUGAAAACUCCAAAAAAUGAAGAUUGCACAAUUCUGAGGAGCUGCUUCAAUGAAUGUUCUUCUGUGGAAAACGUUUUUCCUUAAAGCUGCUGGCCUACGCAGAUUCAUUGGUGAUCAGUGGCACAUGCAGAACAUCCUCAAAGACUCUGUGGAGAGCUCUGAUGAUGAGUUCUUUGAUGCUCGAGAAGAGGUGGUGGAAGGAAAAAGUGCUAUUCUCAUUGGCAUGAGCCAGUGGAACUCAAAUGACCUUGUUGAGCAGAUAGAAACAAUUGGGAAGCUGGAAGAAAAUCAAGGUGAAGAGUCUGUGUUUUGCUCAUCUGGCUUUCUACAGGAAAAGCAACGUGAAUUGUACAGAGCCUCUUUAAGAAAACAAAGGUUACCUGCACAAGGCAGUAUUGAAAUACAUGAGGACAACGAGGAAGGAGUUCAACACCAGAAAUGCAAAACUCGUGUGCUAAUUCUGAUCCUACAUGGAGGGAGCAUCUUAGACACUGGGGGAGAGGAUCAAAGCAGCAAGCUGGCAGACAUCAGCACUUUCAGUUCUGUGUUUGAGAAGGUGACCCAAGCCCAUUUCCCUGCUGCUUUGGGCCACAUCUUAAUCAGACUUGUUCCCUGCCCAGCAAUCUGUUCAGCAGCCUUCUCUCUUGUUUCCAACCUAAAUCCCUACAGCUAUGAUGAAAGCUGUCUCAGCAGCAGUGAAGACCACAUCCCACUGGCUGCUUUGCCCUUGCUGGCUGUUUCAUCCCCCCAGUACCAGGAUGCAGUUGCCAUGGUGAUCAGUAGAGCAAACCAAGUUUACAAUGACUUUCUCAAAUCUACAGAUGGAGUUGGCUUUAAUGGGCAGGUGUGUCUCGUUGGUGACUGCAUUGGAGGAAUUUUGGGGUUUGAUGCCAUCUGCUAUAAUACUAAUAGAACUGAUGAGAGUCAGAACAGUAGUAGGAGAGGAAGCAUCAACAGCAUCCAGGAUAAUCCCCUUUUAAUAGAGGACUUCAGUCUGGGUGGCGGAAAACACCUGAGCAAAAGCAGUAUUGACAUCUCAGAAAUCAUGGAGGAUGAGGAGCCAAGACAUCUGUUGCCUAGGAAACAGAGUGACUCAUCCGCCUACGACCGUGAUACUAUAACACAACAUCAUGCUUUCCUGUCUAGCAUCCACUCAAGUGUGUUGAAAGAUGACGCAGACUUUCUUCCUGUGAAUUCCAGUCUCUCAGACGUAAACAUGGGCCGGUUUGAUUUUGAGGUGUCUGACUUCUUCCUCUUUGGAUCGCCACUUGGUUUGGUGCUGGCCAUGAGGAGUACUGUUCUGCCGAGCCUGGAUGUUUGUCAGGUUCGCCCAGCCUGCAGCCAAGUGUACAGUUUCUUUCACUCUGCUGACCCAUCUGCCUGCAGACUUGAACCAUUGCUGGAGAAAAGAUUCCAUCUCCUGCCUCCAUUCAGUGUCCCACGAUACCAGAGAUACCCACUGGGGGAUGGAAGUUCUCAUCAGUUAGGUGAUGCUAUCCAAAACUACAGUGCUCUGUUCCUUGAGAACAGCUCUUUGAACAUAACUCACUCUCAGGAGAGUUCUGAAUCUCCAAACACAUCUCAGCACCAAGAGAGAAGGUUGAGCUUGGCCAGCACAAACAGUGAAAACUCAGGGUCAGCAGAGAGCUUGUCAUCUGCAUGCCUCACCAACAUUACUGCCAAGUGGUGGGGAACAAAGCGGAUUGAUUAUGCCUUGUAUUGUCCAGAUGUCCUGACAGCGUUUCCAACUGUGGCCCUGCCACAUCUUUUCCACGCCAGCUACUGGGAAUCAACAGAUGUUGUGGCAUUCAUUUUAAGACAGGUAAUGAGGUAUGAAAAUGUAAAUUUCAAAGAAAAUGAUAGCCUGGAUCCAGCAACACUAAGCCCAUCCAAUCCACGAGAAAAAUGGCUACGCAAGAGGACACAUGUCAAAUUGAGAAAUGUGACUGCUAAUCAUCGAGCAAAUGAUGUAAUUGCUGCAGAAGAUGGACCUCAGGUACUAGUUGGACGCUUUAUGUAUGGGCCUCUGGACAUGGUAGCUUUAACAGGUGAAAAGGUUGAUAUCUUCAUAAUGACUGAGCCAUCUUCUGGUAGGUGGGUGUAUUUUGACACAGAGAUAUCCAACAGCAGUGGCCGGAUAUCCUACAGCAUACCCAAACAGAGGAGACUGAGAGUUGGUGUGUAUCCCAUCAAAAUGGUGGUCAGAGGUGACCAGAGCAGUGCCACGAGCUACCUGACUGUGUUGCCCCGAGGAAUGGAAUGUGUUGUAUUCAGCAUUGAUGGUUCAUUUGCAGCAAGUGUUUCGAUAAUGGGAAGUGACCCUAAAGUCCGAGCUGGGGCCGUUGAUGUUGUAAGACAUUGGCAGGACCUAGGAUAUCUGAUUAUCUAUAUCACUGGCCGUCCAGAUAUGCAAAAGCAGCGUGUGGUUUCAUGGUUAUCUCAACACAACUUCCCUCAAGGAAUGAUCUUCUUCUCUGAUGGACUUGUUCAUGACCCACUGCGACAAAAGACUAUUUUUCUACGGAAUCUCAUGCAAGAGUGCCACAUCAAAAUCUGUGCUGCGUAUGGUUCAACAAAGGAUAUUUCCGUUUACAAUGUCUUGGCUCUGUCACCAUCCCAGAUCUACAUAGUCGGGCGAUCAACAAAGAAAUACCAGGCACAGUGUCAAUUCCUCAGUGAGGGUUAUGCAGCCCACUUGGCCUCACUGGAGUUCAGUCUUCAUUCGCGACCCAAAAAGAACAACUCUCGGAUGAUCUUGAGAAAAGGCAGCUUUGGCCUCCACUCUCAACCUGAAUUUUUGCGCAAGAGAAACCAUCUCCGCAGGACUAUGUCUGUACAGCAACCUGACCCACCUUCUUCGAACCCCAAACCAGAGCGUGCCCAGAGCCAGCCCGAGUCAGACAAAGAUCAUGACAGGCAUUUGCCCUCCAUUGCUUGGGUUAGGGGUGGAGUCCACAAAUUUGAAUCUGUUCCCUAGGAAGCCUGAGGCUGUAGAUUUUGGAUGCCCUCCAUUUAACUUGUAGUCAUGCCUCAAAGGUAGUAUUUAGGCAUCCUCAGACUAGGAGGUGUAGAGUGGAAACUGUACCUCAGAGUCUUCCCUGCUCUGGUAAAUGCCUUCUGACACCAACCAGGGAACUUCCAGUUUGUUCUCUUGACGUAUUAGGAAAUUUUAAAACAAUCUAAAACUAUCCCAAGUGCUUAAAACAUUAAAGCAACAGGAAAAAAAAAUAGUCUCCAGUUAUUUUUUACAACAGAUACAAUAAAAUGUGCAAUAAGAGAAAAAGCUGCCACAGGCUUUUUACUCAAAAGGAGGACUGUAGUAUCAACUAACUAGCUGCACCCAAAACAAUACAAACAGUAGAUCCCAUAGGUUACAGAGAAAGUUUACACUUAAAACAUGAAAUAGUUUCAUCUGUUGCCAGUUCACUUUUGAUAAAGCGAUGCAUUUGUAAGGGAAGCAGAGGUGAGAGUACAACAAUUGGGUCAUCAGAAUUUGUACAGCAAGAUGCUUUUUGGGUGCCUUAAGCCCAAGAUUUCCUUUCAGCUUAUACUGUUGGUCAACAGAUGCUAAUAUAGGCACUCAUGUUGUAUAAGGUGCUGGACAUCAAGUAAAUAGAACUCUGCCUGUGAACCAAAUUGUAAAUGUUUAAUGUUAGGAAUAAACAUCUCUGCCACAGUUUGAAGUAGUUAGUGUUGCUGUAUACAAAGUGAUGUGCAAAUGUACACAACAGUGUGAUUUUUGUGAAACUUGGUGACUGUGUAAAAUGUGUGAACUGCGUGUAAGGAGAGGUCUCUGACCAUUUCAGUCUGAGACACAGAUCCUAAGAUGGAAGCCUUAAGGGAGCCUUUUUACUAAGGGGUCUGCAAACUGCAGAGCAGUCACUUUUUCAAUUAUUCUAACUAGAAUCUUUAAACUGCAAGAUAAAAAAGUAAUAAAUGAUAAUGGAGUAAAUUAUUUACCUUCUUAGGCUUUACAGCAAGUGCUCUGCUAAGACAAUCUAUAGCAAUCAAAAUUGCAACCGUUGAGCUUCAAAGAAUGGAGGUGCCAAAUGUAUGUUUUCCUUCUGAUUUCUCUUAGAUCUCUCAGUGAACUUAUUAGAAGUAAAAUGUGUGAAGUUUUCCCUAAGUGAUAAUAGUUCUAAUCUAAAUGUUGUAGUUAGUUUAACAUAGCUGCAGUUUGCUGGUUCUUUAUGCAACUAUUUCCACUACGCUAAAUUCACCAAGAUAACUUUUGUGAUAGAACUGAUGCAUGUUUCAAAACCUGCAGUGAAGUUGCUAGAGCACAAAAACUGUUUUCUUUUAAAGUUAAAAUCAGACUGUUGGCCCUGAGAAUGCUUGAAGUCAACAGGUGAUUUCUUAAGCUAUUUCUGGAUUUGGUUUGUUUUGACUUCUCUCCCUCUCCUCCAGUUUUUUGGCACCAGGGGGAGGAUGUUGUCAUCUCCGCCUUCCCUUUUAGGUUUUCCUAAUAUAUAGCUGGGACAGAAACAAGCCUGCUGGUUAAUGAUUUCAAAAUCAGUAUGUAAAACAAAGAAGGAAUGCAAUGGAAAACUAUGAUGACAGUGCAAUAACUCCCUUUCCCAUAAAAGUUUCAGUGUGCUUUUUGAAGGACAGUUACGUGGCUUUUGUCUUAAAAGGCAGCCAGCAAACUAGUACAUAAAUGGUGAAGUUUGCAUUGUUUUUUUAAGCUUAUCGCUUGGCAAGUUUCUUAGUUACCUAUUCCAGACAUCCUGAAAGAUUUCUGGCACAUCAGUUGUUUUUUAUAAUGCUUCUUUUUUUUUUUUGCUGAAUAUUUAGGAAGGAUAUUAAGACUUUAGUAGUUUGCAUUCAUUAGGAAGAGGUAACUUACGUUACUGGAGGCUGGGGUUUCUAUGCUCUGCUGUCAAGGUAGUCAGCUGCAAAAGCUUAAUGAACUACGCUGAAGCAGUCUUCAUGUUUACAAAAGUUUUCUGAGUAAUUUCACAGCUCUAAGCCACAAAUUUGAAGUAGUUUUCAGUGUUCUGUCAUGGUCCACUGUGUUUUUUUUAAUUCUGAUUGUGUCCAUUUCUUUCUGUAGCCUCUGCAGCUAGGAGGAGAUUGCGCAAGGUAUACCAGAGAGUGUACUCUAUCUUCCUCCAGUCAGUUCACUGCUUGCACAGGUACUAGAGAAGGUGUUAGAGCAGUGAAGGCUACUUAUUGUACUGAUGAGGUUUUCUUUCCUGUUGCUGAUCUAGGAAAGAAAAAAAGCAGGUAGCAAAAAUGCACAUCUGAUGUUUAUAUCUGUGCUUCUUUCCUGUCAAAUCUAUCUUGCUUUAACAGGUAGCGACAAAAAAGAUGCCCAGAGUACAUCCUCUGAAAAGACUAGCCACAGUAGCCCAGUGUAUGACCAAUGUGUAAUUGAUAUUGCAGAGCAGUCUUGGCAGCCUCCUAGGAAAACAAACAUUCUUUCUUCUUGUGUUGCGAUGACUGUCAGUUUUGACUCUUGCCCAAUGGAAUAUAACUACUUGGAGCAUGCUCUUGGUUGAUGGUUUUAAAUAGCUGAAUGAAUUGAAAAGUGGAGGAACGCAAAGGGCAAAUUUGGAAUUUGCUUAGAGGACCUAAAGUCAACACUGACUGCAGAAUGUGAGCUUACUUCCUUAAGCACUGGGUGCUGGGUAGGAUGUCUCCUCAUAGUAAUCACUAUACCCACUAGUAUUAGCAAAACUAAUUCUGCUUUAGCUGUCUACCUCUGCCAGCCAGGAGAUGCCAAAAUCCAUUUUCUGAUUUCAGUUGCUAUCAUAGAAAGACCUACUUCCUUUCAAAAGAGAGAUCUGUGUGUUAUUCUGUGACUGUUGUUAAAAGACUUUGCAUCUGAAUACAAGGUUAGAUAAAUCUCCCAGGCUAUUUAUUUUUUUUUAGCUACUGUGUUGGUUUCUAUGUAUGUAUAUAAAGUAUAUUAUGAGCUAAAAGUAGUAAAACAAAUGAUAUUAUUUGUGUUUGAUUUAAAGCAGUAACAAUUUCAGUCUCUAAACAUAGUACUGAAAUUCAGCUGGAAACAUUUUCCCAAGCUUCAUUUCCUACAGGAGCUGAUGUGGUCGUUGCAUAAUGCCAACACUGCUUAAUGCUCAAGGAUAGAAUGGUUUAUCGCCUGAUAGCUUGCCUCUGAGCACUUUGACAAAUAGUGAUGCAGGCAUCAGUUUGGAGUCUAAGGCUUUGGAGUUUAAGGCUUCAUGCUUAUUUGGAGCUUAUCUUCACAAACAUCAGAUGUAUUUCUUCUGAAAGCACUAGCCAGCUGCCACUAAAAUGGUACAAAACUUUUGUUUGGAGAUAAGACUAUGAAAGAGGUAGUAGUGAUUUAGGCAUCUCACAACUAAGUUGGCAGUUCAGUGCUCUGCAGCUGUGACUGGGGACUUCAAUUACUUUGAAACCCUAGGUUUGGGGGUUUUUUUGGCCUUUUUUUCACCAGUUAUAUUUGGGACAAUCCCUCAUGAAGCACUAGUUUUUCACAGCAUAUUUUUUUAAUCCCAUUUUCUCCUGGAACAUUUGCUUCUAGUCAGAGCUCUGGUUUUAUACUUUGUCUACAUAAAACCGCAUGUGGCCGUUCACGGGUAUUCACUUUGCAUUUGGAUUACAGUUUCACUUCAGUUAUCGCAGAGAUUUAGUUGUCCUAAGCAGGCCAUUCACUGAGGUUGAGCAUGAUCUUACAGUAUUUCAGUUGUCUAAUUACACCCCUCCUCACUGCUGCAUUCUCUGUACAUUCAGCUUUCUUUAACCUUACGGGCUGUGGAAGUGUUGAAGCCUCUCCACAGAAGGGAAACAGGCAGAGAAGCUGUAUAUUACCGAGAAGCGCUUAACGCUUGAUCUGCUGUAUAGAAGAAGCAGAAUUGAAACUGUGAAACACAAAGCUGUUAUUUCAGUGAGUGAGUGCUGAAGUGGUAAUACAAAUCAAUACAAAGUAGGCCAUACUUGAAAGCGCUUACUUCUCUGCCUUGUUGAUGUAUACCCAGUUUUAAAUUACUGUAUUAAAUCAAACAAAAAAUUAAAAAAAAAAACUGUGUUCAGUAGCCAUUUUAGACUUAUCGAAAUAUCUGAGAUAUUGUGAAAGCACACAUUUACACUGUGGUGUAUUUUGUAUGUGUGUAACUAUUGAAAGCUACCUUAAGUGAAGUUCUAUUUCUGCUUUCACAGCAAAAUUGUAAUUUUUUUUAACAGUGGCUGUUUCUUCAAUUAAAAAAAAGUAUUUGCA